GCUGAUUGUCGGAUGUAGUGGAUAGGAGGUAUUGGAUAGGAAGGAAAGUAGGCAUGCAGAUACACAAACUCGACCCUCCUGGAUGCAAGAGUAGAUUGAACAACUGUGUAUCGGUGGACUUGUAUGUAUGUGAGAAUGCGUAUCGUGAGACGUUGUAAAUGUAAUUGUGACCGUAACUGUAACUGUAUGUUGAAUCGAAUCCAAAUCCGAACCCAAAUCCCAAUCCCACUUGCGUAUACGAUAGGAAAGAAAAGAUACAAACCCAAACGAAGCAGAGAAUCUUAUGUAUGUGCAAAGAAAAGUUCAGAAAAGUUCUUGAGAUUGAUGUAUGUACCUAUGUAUAUACCCUUGAUCUCCAAAUCGCAAAUUGCAAAUUGCAGAUGGAAUUCAGACGGGAUGGAGAGAAAUCUUUUUCUCGGGGUAGUAACGUAUGUAUGUAACCUUGUGAGACAAAGUGAGGAGUGGAAAGUUGUUCUCCCUCCCACUCCUAUGUCCCCGCCCCUCGCCUCUCCCUCCUCACCGAAAGAAAUUGUUGUGGUUGUUGUUUUUAUUCCAACAAGGCUGGCGCCGCAGCCGGGGUGGAUUAUUUAUUUUAUGUUAACUUAUCUUAUUUUACUCCGUCGGUUUAUUUACUCAAGCAAAGGUAAAGAAAGAUUAGAUAGAGUACACAGUAUGUAGGGAACCCUUGAGCGUGAAGUUUAUUGGGGUCGAAUUUCCUUAUCGGUGAGAGCUUGCUUGCUUGCUUGAUGAUGGAUUGAGCUUAACUUGAUCAGUCCUCGAGUGACUUAUUCAGUGAAAAAAAGUGGGAUUUUGGAGGGGUGAACCGUGUGCGAGUUGUGAAGUGGGAUG